UGUGAUUCAGUGAAACAAGAAGUGCCGACAGAGACACCAUUUCGCAGUUUAGUCUGAAGUCGUUUAAAGGUUUAAAAGGGAAAAAGCGGAACAUGGACGUCCGAGUGUGUGUGUUAAUUUUGUUUAGCCUAAUUACGUUCACCUGUUCGGAACCCGUCAAAUACUUAGACUGUGGCUCUCGUUCAGGAAAAGUGUCUAUUGUGGAAAUUACCCCUUGUCCUGUUUUGCCAUGUCCCCUACACAAAGGACAGGACUACAGCGUCAAUGUCACAUUCAGCAGUGGUGUGGACACUCCCACGAGCAAAGCAUUGGUCCACGGUAUCAUCGCUGGAGUUCCCAUCCCCUUUGCCAUUCCUGUCGACGAUGGCUGUAAAUGUGGAAUUCAGUGUCCCAUCCAGCAGCAGCAGGUGUAUCACUACCUGAACACUCUACCUGUGAAGGCUCAGUAUCCCAAUACUGGUUGUGAAGUGGGAACUUGCAGACAACAACCACCAGGACCUCUUCUGCAUCGAGUUCCCAGUUAAGAUUGUGGACUAAAGCUGUUUCUUCGCCCCAAAACUUCCUUUCUAAAGGGACUUGGAUGUGACAGGAAAUGUAGUGAUGGAAGUGAGUGAAUAGUUCGUCUUAUUCAUGCAUUGAAAUUUUAAAUUUUUUGUAGCUUGAUUAAUUGCUAUGCAGCAGUUUUGAAUCCAAAAAUCAAUUUUUUUUGUUGAGUAGACUGAAACAUUUCACUGCAGUACAUGUGGCUGCUGUGUAGUCAAGGAAAGGUGCACAUACUUUUGUAAUAUUGCCUACUGUUCUUGUGCUGCCACAUUAAUCUGACUCUGUAAAUUAAACACUUAAUUAAA